AUGGUGUGGUUGACAGCGGUUGCGUUGGCCGCGGCCGUAGUGACUUGCAGUAGUUUUGACAGCGAUUCGUACGACUACAGGAGCAACAUUACUUGGAUCAGACUGUGCACGAUAACUAGCAACGGUAGUGUCAACGCUCAUGUGAAAAUGCCUUGUGGCAUUCUGGUCGAGGGCGACAAGAACUCAGGAUUGCAAAAAGUCCUCACGACCAUUAGUGUUAACCCCUUGCAAGUGCACCCCGAGGCGACCGACCCAAAACGCCCGGCGACAACUACACAAUUACCGGACCGCAUCAAUUACACAGAAACUAAUACGAGUCGAGUGGACUUGAAUGUCGAAGAAGAUCCAGAAGCUGACGACGAACGGACUGACAGCGACGAAAACGACUUGACCAUCGAAAGUGUAGAUGAUGAUGACGACGAACAACAAGAUGAACCGGUCGUUGUAGACCAGAAGGUGCUCUAUACUGGUAACCAGACAGAAGAUGACGAUGCCGUCGUGUUGGUAGAACAACAUCAACGUGGUACGGCGGCCACUGCCAUUUUUGAAUACUUGCGUUCUGCUCGUGCUCUAUUCUUCAACAGGAUACAACGGGUACUAAAGCAAUUGGAGUUUAUUUUCUUCAACAGCGGUGGGUUUAGUAACUCCGGACGCCGUAAUCGCCGCAAUGCUAUACGAAAGACGUUGUUUAAUAUGCAAAGAAUCCAAGAGCGAGCAAAAAAAAAUUCUGCCUCUUCAAUGAUUACACAACCGUCGUUUGAAAGGUCACUAAUGACUAUGUCGUUUCUUAUGUUUGGCGUAUUUGUCAUUCAGGUGAUACAGAGACUUAUGAAGACAUUUAACAGAUCCGGGACUGCGCAGUAAUGGGAUGUCACUACCGGUAAUAAUUUACCUACAUAACUAUAAGCCAUAGUGUAUUAAGCAGCAUGGAUUGAAACGAACACACAGUCAAGUACCAAACUGUAACAUCUGAAGAGUUUUGUAGCUACCCAAUUUGUGUAGUUAUGUUAGAACAGUUGUCUUAUCCUAACAAAAAACAAUAAUUUAUUCUUAAU